UUUCCUGGCUAUUGGCUCCAAGGCUAGCCCAGAGAUUGUACUUUAUAUUUUUGAUAGUAUAUUUUUCUCAAAACUAUGUAGAGCAAAAUAAUUAGCAAUUUUCAGAUAUCCAUGAAUUAAUAAAAAGCUUACAGAAAUGAACUCUGAGAAAUUCUGAUUGUUGCUAACUAAAAGAGCACAGGAUGUAAGAAACCUCAAGUUUAAAGCUGUCUAGAAUCUGUGUAUGUUUUAUUUAUCUUUAACAGAGAAUAAGUCAAACUGCACGCAUUCAUCAUUUUGGAAAUUUAUUUUAUCAAAAUUAGUAAUAUUUAGAACUUUGAUAUCGAUGUAUCUCUUAACUCAAAAGUCACAAUUCUUGAGAAACUCAGUUGCUGAUCAUAUAAUGAGACUGAGCCUCUUGUCAAGAGCGUUAGGUGGGCAAGUCAUUCUUGAAGCCCAGAUAUGCUCUUUUAGUGACUGUUCAAGGAUCAUAUGAACAAUGAUUGUUAUAGCCAGGAAUUAAAGGGAUUUUGUCUAAAAAUUAACCAGAGCAUAAAAUUUUAAAGUAUGGGGAUUACAUUAUCAAAUUUUCUCCUAAAUUGAGAAGAUGUACUUUUCAAAAACAAUAAUAUUCUGAUAUAGCUUCUUCUGUUUAGAAAGCAUAUUUGUAUUUGAAGAUGGUCAGGGUGUUGCUAGGGGAGAUUAUUAGGUCUUGGGUUGUGCGUAUGAACAUAGUUCUGUCUAGCCACAAACAGAGCAGAAUUUAGCAGAAGGCAAGAUUUAACAGAAGACUAAAAUGGAGCUGGGGCUCAGGAUGAGCUCCAUUUCCCUAGUAGCAAAUUCUGACCUCCAACUUCUUUCUUUUUGAGAAAUCUCCAAAUAAUCACUGAGUCUCCUUCAUCCUUUUCACACCCUCCUCCU